AUGGAUCCUCUAGCGAGUGGGACCCUGGCGCCGAGAGUCGCGGGGCCACCUCCGGGCGCCCCGCUGCCCAGCGCGAGGGCGUCUCUCCCCGGGCUGGAGGACCUUCCUCCUGUUGAUUUCUUAGCCAGUGGAGCCCAAAGCACCCAUAGUGAUAUUUGUACCCAUGGCAAGGGCACACACUGUGGAGAGGAAGGCUUUGCUGAGGAGGCUGAUGGGGAACUGAAGGCCUGGGAGCUAUCAGAAGAAACAUGCUGUCCACCCAGGGAACAGACUGCUGAUCUUUUUAAUGAAGACUGGGACUUGGAGUUGAAAGCAGAUCAAGGGAAUCCUUAUGAUGCUGAUGAUAUCCAGGGGAGCAUUUCUCAAGAGAUCAAACCAUGGGUGCGCUGUGCCCCACAAGGAGACAUGGUCUAUGAUCCCAGUUGGCACCACCCACCUCCACUGAUACCCCAUUAUUCAAAAAUGGUCUUUGAAACAGGACAGUUUGAUGAUGCUGAAGACUGAAGGCAGCAAUGCACUUUCUACCUUGUGUGGACUGGGGUCCUCCAGCUCAAGAUCUCUUCCUGUCUUUGAAGUGUUUGUGAGUUGGCUACACAGACAAGGUCCAUUGUUUUCCCCAGUUCUAUUGUUGUUUUAAUGCACUCCUUGGAAGGUGUAUUCACAUCUUUGUUAGUUGUCGUCUUUAUAAAUAAAGGUA